AUGGGAUUUUUGAGUGGUGUUCUCAAUGCAGUGAAAGAUGAUGAUGCAGUUAGAACGUACGAUAAAGAUAUCAGUGGAGAUAAAAUUGAUACAGUUAUUAGCAUGUUACAAUCUUCAAUUGGCACCGGGCGUAUUGGGCUUGCGGUGUCUGUCGGCGCGGUGAGGGAGUGGUUGGAGGGGUAUUGGAAAGAGGUAGAUGGAAAAAAUAAGAAUGUUACUGACAGCUUAACUAAAUUGAUCAUGAAAUUAUCUGACAAGUAUUUAACAGAAAUUAGACAGACGGAUAAGCUUCAAGUCCAGUUGACAGCAUGGAUGACUACCAUCGGCAACAUUGACAGCCAGUUGACUGCAAUGGAUGCACAACAAGUUGGUGCUUUGGAUGUUACAUUAAAAGAAAAAAUAACGCAUGAAAUAAAUAGUAUUAAAACAGCUGUAUUAGUAUUACAUGACUCAGCAGGGGAUGGUGUCUUUGGGUGGCAGGUGAAAGAGGUUGAUAACGUGUUGAUAAACCAAGAGAAGUAUCUUGAGAGUGAAAUAAGAAAUAAAUCAAUCGAAUUCAAAAACGUUUUGACGACACAAUUUGAUAAUCUGUCAAAGCAUAUUGGCAUUUUGAAUAGAGAUAAAAACAAACAUUUUAAGAAUCUCAAUAACGUCGUAACAGAUGCUCAAAACUUUUUGGAAACGUUUGACAACGAGUAUGAAUCAGUAGUGUCCAAUGCAUUUCAAAAAAUUAAAGAUGAGAUGACAGAAAUUAAUAACCAUGGUGCAGAUAAAUGCGCCCUUGAAUUGCAAGUGGACAAAAUAAAAUCGGAACUUCUGUCA